UAUCGUUGCAAAUACUGUCAUUCAGUAUGACGUAAUCCAAGUAGCUGAAAUUUCCAAGUAUGAAUGAUUGUAGCUUGUCAAUAAAAAAUAUGAGGAUUUCUAAGAGUCAAACAAAUAAAAAGUGACACAGUGCGUUACAUAUAUUUAUAUAAUAAAGCUGAGGGAAACAUGCAUCAUGAGAAACGAUAAUGGGGCUAAGAAGCUUAUACGUACAGAAACGAUUAGGGUUAAAAAUCGAAGCGAACGGAAAAGCGAUAGAUUCUCGGCCGACGGAGGAUUUAAAGACUCAAGAGAUAAAGCACGGUAUUUCCCCGCACAAAAGAUACUUUUGCGCAGUGCAAAUGUAGCUUACCUCUUUCGCGACGUAAAGACCAUCGGUUUUUCACGUCGAGGAUCGAUACGUCGUUCUUCGCCGAUCAGCCGAAACCAGGGAAGAGAGAAGCUUUAAAAGCUUUAGCGCGACCGAAGAGAAGGGAGUAGAUAUCAUGAAAGAGAGAGAACAGGAGCCGGAAAAUAAGGCGGAAAAUGAUAAGAGGAUGCCGGAGGCGAAUUGCGUGUGCACUUUGAAAACGUGUGGAAAGGAAGGGAUCAAGCGUGAGACUUGCAUGAAUGUAUCAGCGAAAAGAAAGUUCGCGCGCGACGAAGAUAUCAGUCCGACAAAGUUGAGUGAGAUUAUCAACAAAGAAAUAAACGAUUCCAUUAAGCGGAUCAAUAAUACUAUUAAAGAUGCUAUGCAAACUCUCGUGAUGUGUUCAAUGGAAGAAAAAAAAUCAAUUUUACCAAGUUCACAAGAACCCAAAGGAACGUCCGAUACAUGUUUGUCCUACGCGUUGGAAAAACAUCGUAAGAAGUCACCUAACGUUUGCACAAAUCGACAAACUCCGUGCCACAUUUCACGGCAACAUAAUAAUUUAUCCACACAUAACAAUUCGUACCUGUACACAAAAAUGCACGAGAACACAAUACCGUUAUCAAUCCAGAAUAAAGUUAACAAUGAAAAAAAGAAUAAAAAGCAUUCGAAAUCGGCGAAUAACGCGAACACCGAUAAUCGCAGAAUGACCGGAAAUGUCAAUAUCUAUAUUUGCUCGGAGGCUAAUGACAACGAUCAGGGCAGAAAAAAGGUGAGACCUCAAUUGUGCACGGAUACAAGCUCUAAUACAAUUACCGAACAAUACAAUUCGAGAAGCGCCAGCGCUAGCAGCACGUCAUCAUGCAAGCUGAUGAACAGCAUAAAAGAGAAACGGCAGAAAUUGCUGGCGCAGCGAUUGCCUAGUUUUAUUCAUGAGAAGAGCAGCGACGUUAAUAUCAUCCGCGAUAACGGAACAUUACGGCACAGGAAGGAAUUGAGCGAAACAGAUAGCAAGGUGGAAGCAGAUGUCAAAGUCAAUGACGAGAACGUCCGAUGCAAGGACGCGAGCUCGUCGGCCAAAGACGGCUGCUACUGCAAAGAUACGGACAGCAUAGAUCUCCAACAGGACUCGUCGUGCUCUACGGUUCCGUGUCCGAGUUUCAGCGCGUGUGACAAUACCAGACGCCCACAGUCUUGGAUCGCCGUAUAUCCCUCGAAAGCGAGAGCCAGACUGGACGACAGUCACGUCUUCCUGUCAAGAGCGAUUUGUACCAACGUGGAACGAAGGAAUUAUCGCAAAAAUAACGAUCGCGAUAAUGUUCGCGGAGACGAUAGCGAAGACACCAUAUGUCAUGCGGUUGAUAAUAGCAGGUGGUUACCGAAAUCGAUCUACACGGAUUGCGCCACGUACGAUGAGAACCCCGAAGAGUGUUUCGCGGACAGUUGUAAAUAUCGAAGUAAAAUACUUCGGGAUUCGAUAAUAAAUCGCAACGACAUCCGCAGGAGGCAGAUAGGAUAUAAACUUUUGCAACAACCUCUCGGGAGUUGUCAAAGGGAGCAAGUGGCUCGACAAUGGUCCACGUGUAGUUGUAUCGCGGAGGAAGAGGAAGGUUACUGCAGAGACGUCGUCAGAGACAAGAAAGAGCUCCCCGAAAAUAUAUGUAAUGUCACAGAUUGUCCAGAAAAAAUAUCCGUUUGCCGAACAUCUUCUAAAGAAUUCGGAAGUGUACGCGAGACGUCGUUUGGCGCUCCUGAAAAAAGUAUUGAAGAAACACGAGCGUGUAAAGAUUCGGCGGAAUGUUCGAUAGGUACUAGUACGUACGGAACAGGGUUUGAAAAUUCGGAAGAACUUCCGAAAGUAACAAGAGUUUGUAAGGAAUUCGUUACCGAAGAGCCCCCGGAAGAUAUCACAGUUUGUAAGACGGUGUUUGGUGAACCGAAUGGACUUCCGGAAGAAGUAAUAGUUUACAAGGCGCUUUCUGACUCCAAAGACCUUCCCCCGAAGGAAACAAUUUGUAAGGAGAUUCCCAACUCAAACUCUGCCAACCAUGACGAUGUUAACAGAGUGUCCCUAAACGAUGAAACGGAUAAACUUGUGGCGAAAAGUACAAAUAACUUGAACUUAAGUGGUCCGGAAGGGAAUGCUAGCAAUAAAAGAAUAGUAAAACUGAAUAAUAAGCAUGACAACGUUGCUCUCAAUAGCUUUACGAGACAAGCUGCUAAUGUAAAGCAAGAUAAAAAAAUAGAGGAAACCUCGAAUAAGCAAUCAAAAGAUUUACUUAAUCGUAUUCCCAGUGAAUCGAUCAAAGAUUCUAAACUAUUGUCAAAAAAUGUUUAUUCCACGUUACCGCGCGCGCAGCUUUAUAACAGCUUAAAUCUUGCUUCGAAUUUCACUGUAAAGAAAACAUCAAAAACUCUUGCUAAUCAGCGAAAAACGCAAUCGAUUAAUCGGUCAAUGGGGAAUCACUUUCAAGAAUCGAAUAAUCUUUCACAAAAUUUAACGCCAAAUAAAAAUAAUCAAAUGGAAGAAAAAACGCGAGAAAACUCGAACGGAGAAGAAGAGAGACAAGGUAUUUCAAAAGAAAUGAAAACGACUGAGGACAAACAGAAAGAGUCACUUUUACAGCGACCGUUUAAAAAAUUGAUCGAUGUAAUUAAACGUGGUAGAACGUUUAUUACAGACAGAAUAGAAGCAGGAAAAAUGGAAGCGAAGAAAACAAUCGCUGACGAUAAAAAAGAUAUUGGAAAAUCAGAAAUUGAUUCUGAAAUCGAGGAUAAAACUAAUGAUAUAAAAGAUGAUAUAAAAGACCAGCAAGAGAUUAUUAAAAAAGUGACUGUACCAAUGAGACCACCGCAAAUAGAGAUUGCAGACAAAGAAAAGAAGAUGGAUAUUCACAAAACGGAGCAAUCAAUACCUAAAUUACUGCGUAUCAUCGUGGCAAAAAGAUCGCAUAUUCUACCAACUGUAGUAACAACUGCAGAUUCUGAAUUUCAAGAGUCUGGAGUAGUAUCAGUUUCUGAAAUAAUCACAACUGCUCAUGCCGACCAAGAGAAAAUCCCAGAAGAAAAAGUAACUUUGCAGGAGCAUAGGCCUGCAGAAGUCACGGCAGAAAUAAAAACAGAUGAUUCAAUCGCGCCUGAAUUAAGUAUUGCCGCAAUUGACACGAGUGUUGAAGACGCUCCAAAAGAUGUUGCUGAUGAAGAUAGAAUUCCCCAAGAUAUUCUGGAUGAAACAAUAAAAACUUAUGUUGUCUGUCCACAAAAGAAACCCGAAGGAGAAAUACAAAAGCCAAUUCUUUGUCAAUGCGGUCUACCUUUCGAGCCGAAUGGUCGUUCGUGCUCGAUUGUCAAAUGCGUGAAAGACCAUGUGUCCUGCCCGCAAAAGAAAUCGGAAAAGAAACCACAAAAAUUCACCCUUUGUAAACGCGAAUUAUCUUCCACUUUGAAUAAUUACUCAUGUUCCAUUGUUAAAUGCACAAAAUGUAAUAGUACCAUUGAAGAUUGCCCUUGCAAAGAUGAUAGAUUUGAACAAAAGAAACUUUACUGCGCGCGUUGCCAUUUGUCGGCAAUUCAAUGCACUUGCAAAUCAUAUCUGAAGAGUUGCUUAAAGACCGAUAAACCGAAAUUUCGUGGUGUAUCACCUUUAAAGAUCAGCUCGCAUAUCUGUACAAAUUGUUAUAGAACGCGGAAGGAACGCAAGUGUAGAAAGACUACGGUCUGUUGUCACGAAGAAUGCAGAUGCAGAUGUUGCGCAACGCGCGGCGAUUGUUUAAGAAUUAUUGAUAAACGCAAGUGUGGAUCACAAGCGAGUUGCAUUAACUGCGGCAGACCGAGAAAUCAAUGUUGCUGCACUACAUUCGCAUUGGUAAAGCGCCACAAGAUCAAGGAGGGCUGCGACCACAAGAGGACAAUGAUUUGCCUGCAUUGCGAUAAUCCUCGAGACAAAUGCACAUGCAGAGCACCAAUCGGAAAGUGCUCGUGUUGCGGGUUGCCGUCAGAUGUUUGCAACUGUCAAGACGAUGAGGGUCACGCUUAUGAUUGUGAACGGAUUGUCAGAAGACCGGAUGAAAAUCGGACGAUUCGCGUCACUAGCUGGAAGCCGAAGAGGGAAAUCAGGCGGUAUUUCGCAAGAAACUUUGAGGAUUUCCAAUCGUAUUCCACCGAGGAAUGUUGCUGCUAUGAAAAACCGAGACGACAACGUCCCGAGGAGCUACCUUAUCAACGGCUAAAUAUUUUCUCGGAAGUGAUGGACGAACUGCAGCAGAAGAUGAGCGAGUCUGUAUGCUGCGCACGGUGCUGGAGGAAUCCCUGCCGUUGUGAAUCGCCGGUCGAUCAAGAUAAGAGAAAGGAAGAAAGGAAAGCCGAGAAUCGUGUCAAACGCGCCGAAAUAGAAAAAUCAUCUAGAAGCAAGUCACCGAAUAAUUGCCGGUGUAGUUUGAAUCCUAGGAACGAGCGCAAAAGCACUGUUCAAAAGUCGAUCCGACAUAUUGGCUGCGUUUGUAAAUUAACGCCGUGCAGAUGCAGGAAAGACAGAUCGAGUUACAAGAGACCGCUGGCAAAAUGUUAUUAUUGCAAGAGUCUGCCUUGCACCUGCAUUACUGUAAAAUAACCGAAGCCGUGCAGGUGCGAUGAUUCAUCGAACGAAAGCAGAGGCAAAAAGAAUUUUACCAAUCUGAGAAACAAGCACAGAAAGCUAAAGCUUAUGACAGAAUAAAGAAAUAAAAAAGAAUAGGGAAGACACGACAAUAGAUCUGUUACCUGAGUUUCCCUCUUCAAGAAUGGAGAACCAUAACAAUAAAUUUAACUCUAAUCUUUUCAUCGAUUACCGAAGCCGAAACGUAUAAGCCUACAGAGUGAGAAGUUUACAAAAUGUUGACGCCAUUCGGACGAUCGGCUGGAAGAGGGGGGCACCUUAUACUGCAUAUAAGAUGCUGUACCCGCGUUGUACUAGACCGGUACCAGCUGUAGGCGAGCAAAGACAGCGAGGUAGUACGGAUUAGUACGUUCGCGCAGUUAGUGCUCGGCGUGUAGAGGCUAAAGACGUCCGUAUAAAUCUCUUGUCUUCCCUUUGCUCUCGAAGCCGCGCCGCAUUCUACGAGUCAGGCGGGACGAGGCAAGGCUCACGUUUUAACGUUUUUUCACGAC